AUGUCAUUGACACUAGAACAGGCUGAAGUCCCGCCCCCCUUCAGAGAAGACGCAGUGUGCGGUUGGGUGUGGUCGGAAGUGUCCUUUGUUUUACCUGUGGCCACACCCAGCAGCGACGACACAGGGUCCUGGAGUACAGCGGUCCAUCAGUACAGCCAGUUCAUGUGGAAGUUAAUGCGUCGUGCUCUCGUCCACGUAGGAGCCACGUCCAUCGUGUAUCGCUGUGAAGAGAAACAGACUCAGAAACCCUUCGCUGUCAAAGUCCUCAAGAAAACGAUCGACAAGAAAAUCGUUCGUACUGAAAUCGGUGUCCUGCUGCGUCUUUCCCACCCGAACAUCAUCCAGCUGAAGGAGAUUUUUGAGACGGACACUGACAUCGCUCUGGUGUUGGAGCUGGUGACUGGAGGAGAGCUGUUUGACAGGAUCGUGGAGCGAGGUUAUUACAGCGAGAGAGACGCCGCUCACGUCAUCAAACAGAUCCUGGAGGCCGUGGCGUAUUUACAUGAGAACGGUGUUGUGCAUCGUGACCUCAAACCGGAGAACCUGCUGUACGCCGACCUGUCGCUGGACGCUGCGCUCAAGAUAGCCGACUUUGGCCUCUCCAAAAUCAUCGAUGACCAGGUGACCAUGAAGACCGUCUGUGGUACUCCGGGGUACUGCGCUCCGGAGAUCCUGCGGGGAAAUGCCUACGGCCCUGAGGUGGACAUGUGGUCGGUGGGCGUCAUCCUCUACAUCCUACUCUGUGGGUUCGAGCCCUUUUUUGACCCGAGGGGGGAUCAGUACAUGUACAGCCGGAUCCUCAACUGCGAUUACGAGUUUGUGUCUCCGUGGUGGGACGAGGUCUCCCUCAAUGCCAAGGAUUUGGUCAGUAAGCUCAUUGUGCUCGACCCUCACAAGCGCCUCAGUGUCCGGGAGGCCCUACAGCACCCCUGGGUGCUGGGUAAAGCUGCCCGCUUUUCCCACAUGGACACCACCCAGAGGAAACUACAGGAGUUCAACGCUCGACGUAAGCUCAAGGCUGCCAUGAAGGCCGUCGUCGCCACCAGUCGCAUGCACGAGGGCUCAAGACGUCGUACUGACAGCUGUGAGAUUCCAGGCUCAGGGGCUUCCAGGCAGAGCAGCAUGCAGCAGGACCCACCCCCUGAAUCCUCAGGUCCCGCCCCUGAAGACAAAGAGGCCCCGCCCCCGGAUCAACAGCCGCAGGACGCCGAAUCGAAGCCUGCCGAGCAAAGUGCCCUCAGCCCCUCCCCUCCGCGCAGCCCCAAACCCCCCAGCUCCGAUGUCACGCCCACAGGUCCCGCCCCCACCAGACCGCCCUUACGAGCAGAUGGGGUGCGACAGGCGUCCAUCGCCCCGAAAACCAUUGCGGUCCACCCCCGGCCGCCGCAGAAGAGCUGCUCUGUGGUAGAGCCCGCCUCCAGAGUCGAGGCCACGCCCACGUUGACCACACCCCAGAGUCCCAACAGCCUCAGCAACGGAUUCACGCCGGGGGCGGAGCCUGCCAGUAAGACCGCCCAAUGCCAGUGAUCACCUGACAAACAGCAGGGACGCUCCACAGUCACAAAAAUAAUGAGGAUCAGCCUUUUGUUAGUUCUUUACAAACAUCUAACACCAUUUACUGGGACCAAAUUACAGCAGAACCUAAAGUGUCUGUAACAUCGAGCUAACAUUUAACCUGUACAAUGACAACUUCCAUUUCACUGGCUCAGCUGUUGCUAACAUGCUAGCAGCCACGGUACGUACUGACUGAGGUUUCGUUGGAUGUUUUUGCAGCUGGACGGUCGUUCUGUUUCUGCUGUUGAGCUGCUGGUUUUUAGUCUGGAGGCUGGAGAUUAUUUGGAUGUAAAAAGCAUUUGUCCCAUGUCAGGACUCAUCAGAUCUCCUGUGCUCUUUUCACUGUGGUAAGAAAAACACCAGAGCACGCUAACACAUGCCGCUAACAGAAAGUGAAGCUUCUCAUUCUAAACAUCAUUUAGAUUUUCAUAGACAUAAAAACUACAAUUUUUCCCCUGGACUGCAGCCUCAAUCUGUCUUUUAUCAAAUAUACAGGUUAUACAGACAUUUUUGAAAAAAAUUUGUCGAGUACAGGUUGACCAAGUUAACAAAAUGCUAGUUUUCUAGCUGAGACUAAAACGUCAAAAACAGUCUUUUAUGUUUAUGUAGAUUGAUUAUUCACGUCAUAUAUUAAUGCUCCUAUUCACGAUCUCUCUCUCGGAUGAGCUGAACGGAUUGUAUUAGUGUUAAUGUUGCGUUAUCUUUGCAGUUGUUCCGCCAACAGUUUGUUGACAUGUCUGUAGUUCUUCUCACCAAGUGGGAGAUCUCUGUCAGAAACUCUCCACGUCUCCAACUCAGAAUUAAAGUCGGAGGCUGAACUGGUUUUUUCCCCACUUGGCUGCUUGUAAUUAAGGGUUAAAUGAUCAAUCAUUGAAUCAGACGCUUGGUGAAGCGUCGCAGUGUAUUUUUAAAGCACGUUAUUCACCAAACGACUCACAGUAAACACUAAAACGUCGAACUCCUCUCAGAUUACUGCUCAAAUCAAGAAACUAGAAUGGCGUCUCUUGGCGUGUUUGGCUCUUCUUACCACAGUAAUGAACAUUUAACUGCUGACUGAAAAGCAGCUGGAUGUGUAUUCCAAAUGAAACCGAACUGCACAAACAAUUAGCAUGUUUACAACCAAAACAAAGCGUUACAUCUGAUCACAGGUAUUUACAUUUUACAACUGGUAUUAAUAGGUGUUCUCAUUAUCUCCGUUUUGCUGCAUUGUGAUCCAAUCUCAGUAUGCAAAUUAGGUAGCAGGCGAACCGUCGACAAACACGCGGCGUUUUCGAGAGACCGCUGCAACAAGCGGAGCGAGGGUCGAGUGACAGCUGAACCAGGCUACCUGUACUCAUACUGUGAGGAGGAGGCGGAGCCGGCGCAGAAGCUCGUUACAGGUCUUUCUCACCCAAAGUGCAAGUCCAACAUCGCGCACGGAAAGCUGGGCUUUCCCAGGCACGGGCCGCAGGGGUGUUCAGUGUGGCGAUUGUCCCUGAUAAUUUUAUUCAUCUCCGGAUUUAUGGAGACCUGUAACGACACUCUCAGAUCCUGAUAGGAAGGACUCGUCUAAAAACUCUCAGGCAUGGCAGGAAAGAAUCAGAGAGGUCGAGGAGUCCGGGCUAGAGACUUGAUAUUGUGAUUUACAUCCUGAUGCCGUCUCUAGCUUCCUAGUUAGCUGCUUUGUUUGAUCAUGUGCAGCUUUUCCUUUUGUGCUCUACCUCACUCAGGAUAUUUGCUCUUGUGUGUUUGGAUCUCUCAGCGGGCCUACAGGGCACAGGCCCGUGGCCCAAAAGAUCAGGGGGCCCAGGGGCCAGAGUCUCUGUUUGCGGUGACUUUGCUGUGACAUUCUUGUUGGAAACGAAGCGGCCACAACAUUGUUAUUUGUUUUGUGUCUCUCUCUCUUCAGUCUGGGGGUCUUGCUCCUACUAAGGAGGGGCGGGGGGCCUUUUGUAUGUCUGUGCCCAGGGGCCCAUCGUCUCAUAAUCCGUCCAUUGUCUUGAACCACCGUUCGGAUAGCUAUCUCCUGUUUUGACACCCGGCCUGGUCUCGUGGGACGA